GCCUCGCUGGCCUCGGAGCUGGCAGACGCUCGGGGGAACAUGGCGGCGGCGGAGCUGGCUGUCCCGGCGCUCCCCAAUAGCGGCGGCGCGGGGGCGCCGUCGGGCACGGUCCCCGUGCUCUUCUGCUUCUCGGUCUUCGCGCGGCCCUCGUCCGUGCCGCACGGCGCGGGCUACGAGCUGCUCAUCCAGAAGUUCCUCAGCCUGUACGGCGACCAGAUCGACAUGCACCGCAAAUUCGUGGUGCAGCUCUUCGCCGAGGAGUGGGGCCAGUACGUGGACCUGCCCAAGGGCUUCGCGGUGAGCGAGCGCUGCAAGGUCCGCCUCGUGCCGCUUCAGAUCCAGCUCACCACCCUGGGAAAUCUUACACCUUCAAGCACUGUGUUUUUCUGCUGUGAUAUGCAGGAACGAUUCAGACCAGCCAUCAAAUAUUUCGGGGAUAUUAUUAGUGUGGGACAAAGAUUGUUACAAGGGGCCCGAAUGUUAGGAAUUCCAGUUAUUGUAACAGAACAGUACCCUAAAGGUCUUGGAAGCACCGUUCAAGAAAUUGAUCUAACAGGUGUAAAACUCGUCCUUCCAAAGACCAAGUUUUCAAUGGUAGUACCAGAAGUAGAAGCAGCGUUAGCCGAGAUUCCUGGAGUCCGGAGUGUUGUAUUAUUUGGAGUAGAAACUCAUGUGUGCAUCCAGCAAACAGCUCUGGAGCUCGUUGGCCGAGGUAUUGAGGUUCAUAUUGUUGCUGAUGCCACCUCAUCGAGAAGCAUGAUGGAUCGGAUGUUUGCUCUUGAGCGUCUUGCUCGAACCGGGAUCAUAGUGACCACGAGUGAGGCUGUUCUGCUACAGCUGGUGGCAGAUAAAGACCAUCCAAAAUUCAAGGAAAUUCAGAAUUUAAUUAAGGCGUGUGCUCCAGAGUCAGGCCUGCUUUCCAAAGUAUAAGGACAUUUGAAGGACUGGUAUGGUACUCACCAUCAGGUGACAGGACUGUAAGCCCACACUAGCUCUUGUCUCUACUAGAAUUAAAAUGUUAAAGUCAAAACUUGGCUCCUUUUUUGCACCUCUUAGUCAAACAUAACCAGUUAGACCAUUUGGGUGCCAGCAUUUAGUUACAAAUGUCAAAGGCUUCAGGUGCUGCCUAUCUUCUUCUUCUUUUUUUUUUGUUAAUGUGCUUUUAUUUAUUAAAAAAAAUUAUAAUGGAGGUGUCUGUUUUGUGUAUACUGUAUCCACUGGUCAUUUUUUUUUUUUUUAAAGAUUUUAUUUAUUUGAGAGAGAGAGAAUGAGAGAGAGCACAUGAGAGGG